AAGAAAAAAGAUUUUCAAAAAAAAAAACCGAAAAGGUAAACCCUAGCAAAAUCACGGGAGUCACACUCCGCUCUUCGUCAUCCCACCCCGCCGCCACCCGCCUCGCUAGACCGUCCCGUGAGUCCGUGACACGCUGAUCUGGAGGAGCCCGGCCCGUGACGCCGACCACUGGAGGAGUUUGCUCGACGCCGGCCGGUGCUCCUUGCUUCGAAUCCGGCUAAUCAGGCCUCGCUGUUCGCACUUCCUCAUCUAUCCAGUCCUCUCCAGUCGAUUCCGCUUCCCGUCGUGAUUGAGAGGGUUGCGUUUACGAGCAGAGAUGCUGUUGAUAUGAGUGCGCCUCACCUGUUCGACGGAAGGCCCCUGGGCUCCUCCAACAAGAAGAUCGCGGCCUAUGACGGAGAUGCCCCGCAGCAAGAGGGCGAAGGCGAUGGACGAGGGAGACAGAAUCAGCAGCCUCCCUGACGAGCUGCGCCGCCACGUCUUGUCUUUCUUGCCGGCAAGGGACACCGUGCGCACCAGCGUGCUGGCGCCCAAGUGGCGCCACCUCUGGGCGUCGGCGCGGCGCCUCAACGUCGACGCCAAGGGCUUCAGCAGCCAGAGCUCGUUCGUCAACGACACUGUCUGCCUUUGGAUUUGUCAUGCCCUCAGGAGCAAUGUGGAGGAACUGAGCGUUAUUGACCACGACUGCAAUGAUAUAUCUGAACGUGUAGAGUAUACUGAAUUCUUCCGGCUUCAGCAUUAUCCCUUGACCUCGUCAUACUUGAAAAAAUUGCAUCUCUGCUAUGUUUACAUCAGCAAUCGAUUCCUAAAGACGCUCUUUUCUGGCUGCCCGGCAUUGGAAGAUCUCGAGAUGAUAAACUGUGAUAUAUUUUACACUGACUUUACCUCUGCCACACUGAAGAGCCUGAGCAUUGACUAUGUUCACUUCCCAAACCCUAGCAUAUAUGAUGAUUUGGACUACGAUAUCGUGAUAAACAUGCUUAGUCUUGUCUCACUGCACAUUGGAGCACUUCUUGUUGGUGCUGCGCUAUCUCUGGUGGAUAUGCAGUCGUUGGCAACGGCCUCAAUUUACCUGGACGCUUUUACAUAUCUGAUGGCUGCACAAUUCUCAGUGCUCUUUCAAACGUGAAGAAGUUGGAGUUGCUGUUUCCUCAUGGUGUGGUAUGCUUUAUAUGGAAUCGUGACGCUUGCAGCAGACCCCAUUUUUGUGUCUGUUCUUUAGCAGUAUCAAGGUCUUUCUCAUAAGUAUUUCAUGUUAAUGGCCUCUUUCUACUGACUUUGCAGCAUCAGGAGUAUCAUCAACUGCAAGGAAGUCAUAAUAUGCAGUUGCAAGUGGCUUUCGCUAAUUUAACAUCUUUGUCUCUCAGUGAUUGGUGUUUGAUUGACAACUGCAAGGCACUGUUGUAUUUGCUUGAGCAUGCACCUAAGCUAGAGCAAUUUACUUUGGUGAUGACUAAGCUUCAUUACCGCAACAAUCAUCACUGGUUUCACAGUGCUUCUGCUGUAGAGUCCCCUUGCAUAGAAAUAUCAGUGGCACUCAAUCUAUGAUACAUGGAUACGUCUGGGGGGUGGCGUAUCGCGUAUCCGAUACGUAUCGGAUAUGGAUACGCCUUGGAUACGCCCUGGAUACAUUUUGAGCCGUAUCCAAAAAAAUCGGAUACGUAUCGCCUCAGAUACGAGUAUCCGACACGCUUGGGGCGCGUAUUUGAGAGAGAAACCGGAGGGAGGAAGUGAGAGGAGGCGGGGCGGCGGGCGGCGGCUGGGCGCCCUCGACGGCGGCACAGCGCGUGCGCGAGCCAAAGGCGGGCAGCUGGAUGGCCUCGAGAGCUUGCGGGUGGAGCUGCCGUCCGCCGCCCCCCGGAUCUGGGCCUGCCCAGCCUGGCCGUGCUGGCGCUGCUCCCCUCGCCGGAGAGGGAGGGAGGGGGGUCGAGCCCCGAGCGGCUCGGCGCGGCGGUGGCCCGAAGCGGUGGCCGGAGGAUGGGCGCCCGGCCGCGAGCGCGCUGGCCGCCCCCGCCGCCGGCCGGCCCGGCCAUGAGGGAGGGAGAGGGAGAGAGAUCGAGAGCAGAGGAGGGCGUGAGAGAAGGUCGAGAGGGAGAGAGACGACCGGCAGCAGUUUGUGGGUGGAGGAGAUAAGGUUUGGUCUAUUUUUGUUUUGCCCCUUUCUUUUUUUAAUAAUUAUAGAGCAUAUGAAUAUACGAAUUUAUAACGCAUUGUAGCCCCUGAAACUUCUAUAUUCUCACAUUCUAUUCCCUAGAACUCCUAUUUUCUCACAAAUGAACAUAUAAAUAUAUGAAUUAGUGAUGCAAAUCCAUCAAAUGCUAGACAAAUGCCUUCUAAUUAUUAAUUUUAAAAAUAUCCUAGCCGUAUCCCCGUAUCAAUGUUUUUCGGGAAAUGGUGUAUCCACAUAUCCGAUACGUAUCGUAUCCGAUACGUAUCGUAUCCGAUACGUAUCGUAUCCGAUACCCGUAUCCGUAUCCGUGUAACAUAGCACUCAAUUGUGAAAAGCUUAAGAAAGUUGAAAUUGUCUGCCCAGAGGGUGAUAAAUCAGUUGGCAAGAUUGUGUCAAUACUAUUGACCAAAUUAAUCUCACCCCCGGAAAUUUGUAUCAAGCCGGUUGCAACUUACACGCGGUAAGUUUCUUGUUCUAUUGAUAUUACGCAUCGGCAUGCUUUUUACAAUUUAUUGUGGAGAGAAUCCAAAGGCUCUGUUUUUCACUUGCUGUGGCCUGCCUCUUGUAGGGCUCGCAACUUUGGAACGAAGAUUGAGCUCUCACUCCUCUUGGAUGUAGAGCUUGCAUUGGAAAGAUUCGUUUGAGCUCUCACUCCUUUUUGGACGUUCGUUAUUUGUGCGGAUCGUGACCUCUCCAGUGCAACUGCUAAUAUGGAACCAAUCUCUCUGUAGCUCUUUGCUGCGUCUGAGAGCUUUUGCUUGUAGCUCUUUCGUUGCCUACCUUUUGUUAUUAGCUGAAGCUUGCAUGUAUGCCUGGAUAUAGUGCAUCGUGUUGCAUCCCUGCUUACUAUUGUUUCCCCAGAAACUCUUGUAUUAUGUUCUAGACAAGGCACAUCUAGCAUGGUUUUUGGUUGGGAAGCA